UGCAAUUUUGUCUUUAUAGUACAAAUCGUAUUAACUUCAACAUUUAACGUAUUCAAAUUAUUGGUAUUAAGUUUCUUUGAUUUUACGGUUUAAUUUUUUAAAUUGUAUUUAAUUCCUAUUUGCUUGUGAUUUUAUAAAAAAAAUAUCUUCUGUUAAAUAAUACUUGGCAAUUAAGAAUCACUAUUUAGUAUAGGUAGGUACAUAUAUAUACAAAAAAAAAAAAACUAUGAAUGUUAAAAAUAAUGGCGAGAUUCAUAUACAAUUAUUAACAAAUGCUUGUCAAAAUGUGUGUUCAUUUAUAAAAACAAUAACUGUGGAUAACAUUUCAAAAGAUGACGAAAUGAGCAAUUAUAAAUUAAAAGUUGAUAAACUAGAAUGUCUUAGUUCUAGUUUAAAAACUCAAUUAGAACAAAUCAAUGAUCUUGUUAAACAGUUAGCAAAUUCAUUAAGUAUUACAAUAAAUCAAGAUGAAUCUUCUAUUGUCAUUCUAAACCAAUUACUUUUAUCACUUUCAAAAAAAGAUGUUCAAUCUAUUAAAAAAAGGAAACUAUAUUAUUCAUAUUCACCUCUCAAAUUGUCUCUUAAAGAGAAAACUGAAGAGAAUGAAGAUUCAAAAAGUAUAAAAUCAAUGCAAUUUGAAAAAGAAAAGAAAAUUUCUUCUCAGGAUAAUAAAUGGAAAUUACAAAUUAAACGUGAUGGAAAUCCUUCAGAUUUAUUGAAUAAGUCUAAACAAACUACCUUAAUGUUUCAACCUUGUAAAGAAAAAAUGAAGAUGGAUAUUACUACUUUUACUAUGUCAACGCCUAAAAACUCUAAUUUAAGUGCCGAAGUAUUAAAUGUAAAAAGUACUGAUGCAGCCAUAAAUGUUUCUCAAAGCAAUUUAACUGAUUCAACUAUCAAUUCAACACAAAUUGAAGAUACAAAUAAUAUUUCUCUAAGUCAUUUCCAUAAAAUUAUUAAACCUAAAAUAAAUGAAUUGCCUAUAGUAAAAACAAAUAUUUUAGAAUCAAAUAAAAUUAAUGCUUCACAUGAUCAAACCGAAAAUCAAUUGUGUAAUGAAACUUUUAAUGAAACUUCUUGUAGCCCAAUAAAUAUUUCAAUGAAUGUUUUAAAAACUGCAACAACAUCUAUAAACAAGACUAAGAUUCCUAAUAUUAAUGUAUUAGAUAGUUUUGAUAUAAUUCCUGGUUUAAAUGAUAAAAAAAAUGAUUUACCUAAUUACAAAUUUAAAGAAGAUCCUGUAAGGAAACAAAAUGAACGAAAAUUAUUAAACGGUUGGGACUGUGAAGAUUGCAGUAAGUUUUACAAAGCAAAUAAUGACAAUCCAGUAGAAGCCAAAACUGCAAUGAAUCACUUUUCUAGACAUCGUUCUGUAAAGCAUCAACAUCACGCUUUAACACCACCAGGAUUUUGGGAUCCAUUAUAAUAACACCUAAAACUCAAUAUUAUAUAAUUAUACUAUACAGAAUUUAGAUUUCGAACAGCUAUAUUUUUAAUUUUGUUUUUAAAAAUAAAAUAUAAUGAUGUCAUAAAAUUAUUAAAGUAGAUAUUGUCUCAUAAUAGUAUUCUACUCAUACAUUGUAUGUCAUAUUAGCAUAUACCAAUAAAUGAUAAAAUUACAAUUAUUUAAUA